AUGCCAGACCAGGGCCGCACCAAGGUCGGGGAGGACGUGGCGGAUGCCAGGAAGUGCACCUGUGCGAGUCAUGUGGCCACGAUCGCAGACUUCUUCCAGGGUGUUAACCUGACGGUGAAUGCCAGUUGUCUGGAGGACAUCGACCCCUCUGCCAUCAGCCAGAGACUGACCAACGGGGCGGCCACUGGGACGGGCGCUGUACUCAGCCGCCUCCGAGCCAAGGAGGACGACAACGUGGGAUCAAACCUCCAGAAGGCCAACUCUGCUGUUGAAGUGCGCAAUAUGAACUGGGAACAGUUCUGGCUACAGGCUCAGCGUGAGGAGGAGCAGCGGAAGGAGGAGGACAGGAAGAGGGCUCUGGAGGAGCGCCAGCGCUUUGAGGAGGAGCGCCAGGCCUUAGAGCUCAGGGAGCAGGAGGAGAGAGACAAGCGCAACCGCCAGAGGGACACGCAGAUCGAGGAGUGCAGGAGGAAGCGGGUGGAGGAGGAGGAGGAGGUGGAGAAGGCUCAGAGGAGAAUCACUCCUGAACCUGAGGAGCAGACGCAGCCUGAUAAGAAGGAGGUGGAGGAGGCGGCCGCCAUCAUUGCACAGCGCACGUCAAACCCACGAGACUAUUUCCGCCAGAGGGAGAGGAGCCUGGCGUCCCCCCACUCCCCCUCCGCCAACACUCCCAUCCAGAGGCCGGGCCGUGUGGAGAGCCCUUUUCUCUCUCAGCAGUGUUCAGCGAGUGCUUCCCCUGUGCUGCAACAGCCAGGUAUACCUGACGGUCUCUCCGAUGGCGUGGCGAUGAACGUGGCCCCCACCCCCCCAGAUUCCCCUCCAGCAGCGCCCAAGCCCCCCCCCUCCAUCCCCACCACCAUCCCCACCAUCAUCACCACCUCCACCCAGGACUCCGACCACACCAUGGAGUGGGGUGAAGCCGACCCACCUGCCCCGUCCUACUCCGACAACCUGAUGGACGAGCAGCCCUCCUGCCCCUCCAGCGCCGGCCCCGACCCGUUUGGGGACUCCUUCGGUGAGCCACAGCCCAGCAACACCACCACCAGCAGUCACGGGCCUGCCGCCGCCUCCUCCUCCUCCUCCUCCUCCUCCUCCUCCUCCUCCUCCUCCUCCACCUCCUCGGCCGUCGCCGGAGGCCGUCCACAGCCCCUGCUCAGCUUCGACGAGGUGCCGGAGCAGGCCGACUCCAGCUUCGUGGGGGUGGAGGAGGAGCCGUCCAGCCUGGUGAACGUGUCCGGUGCGGAGCAGGACCAGAUGACCUCCAGCUACCAGCAGGCCCUGCAGCAUGCCUCCCUGGCCUCCCUGGCCUCCCUGGCUGGCCUGCAGGACCUGGACCUGGGCCUGAGCGAGAGGGACAGUCCCCUCCUCAUGACCAACGGAGACGCCCAGCAGCAGCAGCAGCAGAAGCAGGGCAAUGAUGGCUACUUCUCUCAUGAGGGCGAGAGUCAUGAGGACACCAUCCCCAAGAUGCCCAUGUACUCCACACCCCCUGCGAUUGAUGUGACGUGCUGGGAUGCUGACGGGGAUGAUUAAAGAUAGAGGACCAGCGGCGUCUCCCUGGCGCCGUCUCCACGACGACGUCUCCGCGGCAGUUUAAAUACAAGCAUCUUGCAUCAAACAAUAAAAGUAACAUUAAAAAACGGAAUUAUUAUUUCAGAGGGAAAAAAAUAUCCACCAACGAAUGAUUUAGGGUAUUGUUAAAGAUGCCAGUGGGUUGAGGAGCUCUUGGGGUGUGUGUGUGUGUGUGUGUGUUUGUGUGUGGCCGCAAGUGUUUCUGUGUGUGAGUGAGUGUGUAUGCGUGUGUGUGAGUCCGAGAGGGAGUUUGUGCGUGUGUGUUGUAACUUAUUUAUUUCUCUCUUUUGCUAUGCAGAGUAGCGCUCAGUGCUGGUGUACGGUAGCACUAGUGUGUGUGUGGUGUGGAAAUGGUAGACCCCGUGUUACAAUCAGGAGUGCAGCAUAGUAGCAAACCCAUAAUCUCACUCUCCUAGUACCUGUGUUAGACACGCAAACCCUCUUCUGCCCAGCCACGGCCUCGUGGAAUGCUCUUCUCUGUGCAAAAUGACCGCCUGCCAGUCCUGAGACCACACAUCUGGACUGGCCUACCUUAGAUUAUGAAGUGUUAUGAAGGAGAAGACAUCCAAGCUUUUAGUGUUGGACGAGGCAGCCAGCCUCUGUUUUGAUUUUAUUUUUGUUUUUAAGAUGGUUAUUUUUUUUUUUUUUUUAUGGUGAGGACGGACAGUGCAUUAUCAGAUGGACAGUGCAUUAUCAGACAGCGCUGUCCAGCUGUAACGCUCUGAGUAGUCAUCUCGUUAGUUUUGACAAACGAAAUUAUAUAAAAUAUUUUGUAUUUGUGUUUGUGCCAACUUUGCAAUAUCGUGUGAUGUGAUUCCACUCGGCCGAGUGCAGUGUCCCCUCUAGACCGCGCGGAGAGGACCUGAGUGGAGCCUAUAAACUACCUAGCAAGCGUGCUAACCAAGCCCAGACGACAGCUGAGUCUGGUCCGCAUGUGGCCCACAUCCGGGACCUGGGCCGGGUUUGUCUGGUUGUUGAAGAACCAGUGGCGUUGUGCACUUGCAUAUUUUUGAGGCAACUCAGUGUAAACAACAGCUGUCAAAGCCUGUGUUUGUUUGAUAUUUUGAUAUUAUAGCAGUAGUUAUCGCUAAAUAACUGACAAUGCUAAAAUGUUGUUGUGAUUGGUUGCUGGGUCAUUCCACGUCAAUUGAACCAGGGCCCACGCACUUAGGUCUCAAAAAAUUCUGAAAAAAUUACCAGGUGUACCUAUGUUAUC